UCAUGCUGCUGCCAGGUCCAGAGUCUGUCAUGGGUCCCUGUACGGCCUCCCAUUGCUGCUGUCUCCAUCGCCACACUCUGCCAUGUGCCACUUUCAGGUCUCCUCACACUGCUGGUGUGUUCCAUUUUUUGUCAUAGGGUGCUGGCAGAUUACGGGCCUCCCAUAGCUGCUGCCAGGCCCCUAAUCUGCCAUGGGCCCCUAUACCGCCUCCUCAUGCUGCUGCCAAGUCCAGAGUCUCUCAUGGGUCCCUGUACGGCCUCCCAUUGCUGCUGUCUCCAUCGCCACACUCUGCCAUGUGCCACUUUCAGGUCUCCUCACACUGCUGGUGUAUUCCAUUUUUUG